AUGAGCGGAGCCAAAGGUUUAGGCAAAGGUUCAGCCAAAGGUUCAUCCUUCUCUUUGAAAGCUCGCUAUGAACCCCCCGUCGAACAGAUUGAAGAUGUUCACCCCCUAGUCUACGAGCAACGAUGCAGAGAUAUAUGGAUGGUGCUAUUUGCAUUCCGCAUCAUAAACGCACUUUGCGUUCGCACAUUCUUCCAGCCAGAUGAAUAUUUUCAAUCCUUAGAACCAGCUUGGAAAAUGGCAUUUGGACCUGACAGUGGAGCUUGGAUCACGUGGGAAUGGGAGCAUCAAUUACGGUCAUCGUUACAUCCAGCAUUGUUUGCAGUAGUGUACUACGGAGUGGAUAAAGUUUUGUCGAUCGUGGGCUGCUUCCCCCAAUUCCGAGCCAUGAUUCUGUCUGUGCUACCGAAUCUAGUUCAGGCUUUAUUUGCGAGUGGCAUGGAUUUCCAUACCUGGCAACUUGCUGAUAAAAUCUAUGGAAAAGGAAGCAGAGCUGGUUGGGCAGCUCUUUUUAUAACCGUUGUCAGUCCAUGGAAUUGGUUUUGUUCUACAAGGACUUUCUCCAAUUGCUUGGAGACUGCGUUUACAAUUGAAGCUUUAAAUUAUUUUCCUUGGCAGUUAUCUUCUGAUGGCUUGCCGGUCUGGACUGGCCCACUCAGAUUUGUCGUUGCAGGUAGAGUCGGAGUUGUCCAGCCUCGUAGUUCAACUACAUCGAAAUCGUCUAUUUUCGCCGACCGCAAAUCUCUUACAAACCUGAGAUUGUGUAUUAUGCUCGCUUGUUUAGCAUGUAUUCUACGACCGACGAAUGCCUUGAUUUGGUUCGCGAUAUUGAUGCCAGUGCUCACUCGAACGUUUUCCUCGUCCACACGACUUCAAACUUCUGAUUACCUAAUAUUACUUCGAGAGGCAGUUCUUGUCGGUUCGGCUGUCUUUGCUCUCUCACUUAUCUCUGACCGCCUCUACUUUGGGGAAUGGACAUUCCCACCCUACCAAUUCCUCUAUUUCAACAUAAAUCAAAAUCUGGCUGUUUUCUAUGGAAGCAAUGAUUUCCACUACUAUCUUUCGCAAGGACCACCACUCUUGCUCACGACGCUUCUGCCAUUCGGUCUGGCCGGAAUUUGGAAAGCGAGUUCUCUUCCAUCAUCAGAUGUCCGCUUUCACCUUCUGAUGGCAAUCUUGGUUUCUAUUGGCUCCCUCUCAUUGAUAUCUCACAAAGAAGUUCGAUUCAUAUACCCUCUUCUGCCACUAUUGCAUAUCCUCGCCGCACCAUCUUUGGCCUCCUUUUUCACCGCUACUGAAAUAUCGUUAACAAAACCAAUUGCGAGCAGUCCCACAGCAGCCCCCAAAGUAAGGGAAAUCAGGACGAUGAAAAUCAUACGUAAACCGCAGCUGGUGAUCCUUAUCUCUAUUUCUGUGCUUGUUUCUUUCUACACCGCUACACGACAUCAACGCGCUCCCACCACCAUCCUCUCAACGCUUCGUCACGCCUAUGAAACCGAAUUUCUCGACGCUCACGGCGCUGUCAAAUCUUCGGCUCAACCAACACAACCGUUUGUUACGUUUCUAACGCCCUGCCACUCCACUCCCUGGCGAACUCAGCUCACCUACCCAUCUCUCUCCGCCUGGGCACUCACUUGUUCACCCCCGCUUACAAUCCCACCCAACACACCCGAAAGAGCUGCGUAUAGAGAUGAGGCGGAUAGAUUUUACGAUAACAUGACGUUAUUUCUGGAUACCGAGGUUGGUGUAGCAGGGAGAGAAUGGCCGCCGAGAUAUGUUGUGGGGUUCGAGGGGAUUGAGAAGGGGUUGAGUGGGUGGGUUGAGGAGAAGAUGAAGGGGAAGCUAUUAAAGGAGAAAUGGAGAGUUGGAAAUAGUGAUUGGCAUGAUGAUUGGAGACGCGUUGGCGAUAUGGUUAUUUGGGAGUUUGUUGAUAGAGUAUAG